CGGCCGUUUUAGAAGGUGACCCUUUCCUGUCGCAGGUUGCAUGGAGUCGGCUCGUGGGUCUUAAAGACCCGAAAAUCGAGAGUUCCUUCGCGGCCGGGAUACAGCUCCCCGCGGCUUUGCAGCCGUCACCAUGCCACAAAAUGAAUAUAUUGAGUUACACCGUAAGCGCUAUGGAUAUCGUUUGGAUUACCAUGAGAAAAAGAGAAAGAAGGAAAGUCGAGAGGCUCACGAACGUUCAAAAAAGGCAAAAAAGAUGAUUGGCCUAAAGGCUAAGCUCUACCAUAAGCAACGCCAUGCUGAGAAAAUACAAAUGAAAAAGACUAUCAAGAUGCAUGAAAAGAGAAACACCAAACAAAAGAAUGAUGAGAAGACUCCACAAGGUGCAGUACCUGCCUAUCUGCUGGAUAGAGAGGGGCAGUCCCGAGCUAAAGUACUUUCCAAUAUGAUUAAACAAAAACGAAAAGAGAAAGCGGGAAAAUGGGAAGUCCCUCUGCCCAAAGUCCGUGCCCAGGGAGAAACAGAAGUAUUAAAAGUCAUUCGAACAGGAAAGAGAAAAAAGAAAGCAUGGAAGAGGAUGGUUACUAAAGUCUGCUUUGUUGGGGAUGGCUUUACGCGAAAACCACCUAAAUAUGAACGAUUCAUCAGACCGAUGGGCUUACGUUUCAAGAAGGCUCAUGUAACACAUCCUGAACUUAAAGCCACCUUUUGCUUGCCGAUACUUGGUGUAAAGAAGAAUCCCUCAUCCCCACUAUAUACAACUUUGGGUGUUAUUACCAAAGGUACUGUCAUUGAGGUGAACGUGAGCGAGUUGGGCCUUGUGACACAAGGAGGCAAGGUUAUUUGGGGAAAAUAUGCCCAGGUUACCAACAAUCCUGAAAAUGAUGGAUGCAUAAAUGCAGUCUUACUGGUUUGAUAGCAGUUUCACAUAAGUAACUCCUAAUUAUUGGUGAAGACUACAAACCAACCAGGAAAACCACCAUUACCGUGCGUUUACAAAUACUACCAAACAGCCUUCGUGUCUGCAGUCAUCAAGAGAACUAUUUAUUACGUGAUAAAAAACAUUAAAAUGGCCCAGUUUUACAAUUUGAUCUUUAUUUUUUUUUUUACAUUUUCAGGGUUUAGAUGUUCAUAAGACUGAGUGAAUAUGAGAAAUUAUAGAAAUAAACGUCAUCAGUAUCUGUAGCAGUGAGUAGGUACUCAGCAAAGCAAAUCUAUCACCACUACUAAAAAAAAUGAUCAGUGAUAGUUUAAAACACCUUUUUCAUACAUAGAGGUUAACCAAUUGCCUUCAGGUUGACUCUGAUUUAUGGCAACCCCACGUGUCAGAGUAGAACUGUGCUCCAUAGGGUUUCCAAUGGCUGAUUUUUCAGAAGUAGAUCGCCAGGCCUUUUCUUCCAAGGUGCCUCUGGGUGGACUCAGACUUUCAACCUUUCAGUUAGCAGCCAAACGCUUAACCAUUUGCACCAUGCAGGAACGCCUCAUAAAGGUUGGAACACAAAUGGCAGGGCCUGAGCCAAGAAAACUUUGUAUCUGGGACCUUCUCUGAAAGUUCAGAAGAGUUCCUAAUUAAACUAUCUUUUCGUCUCCAUGAUAAUUCCUUAGAACAUCUUUAUAUGUCAUUGAAUCAGCAUUUUAAACUUUUUUUCCUUUUAUCAUAGACGGAUGAAACAUUUGGAUACUGUAUUUUCUAACUACAUGAGAAGGGGAAAAUAAACAUACUGAAAUCUU